CAAUUAGUAUUUCGAGGGACUGGCCCCGAGUAACCAACAGUCCUCCUUAUCUUAAUAUAUAUUUACAAAGUUAUAUUCUAUAGUGGAUAUAAGUUCACAACAAAUAUAAAGUAGUGAGAAGGCAAGAGAUUUAUCAAUGCAGAUACCUAUAAAAAUUACGGAUAAAGAUGGACUUGAGGAAUGGGUGAUGUUGGAGCUGCAGGGAGACUUACAGUCACGAACCCAGUCAGAAAUGCAAAACAAAUUUAUUGGGGAUCUUCACUUUACCAAAGAGGGUAUUCCAAUUCUAAUCAUUGGCCACCACAUAUUAUAUGGCAAAUUACAAGACUUAGACAAAUGCUAUGCGGUUAUGAGAAAGACAAGAGUAGACAAUAAGAAGAACAUGAAUGUGGAAGUUGAUGGCUUAGAAAACUUACCAGAAGAUAUUCCUAGAGAGAAGCCUUGUGUUGAGUACACCAUCAGAGCAAUUGUCAAGAAGAAACUUCUCUUUAAAACUAGACCAAAACCAAUUAUAGCAAGUAUGCAAAAUACAAAAUAGAAUUGUUUAAAAGAUAUUUUUAUAUCCUUCAUAUUGUAAAUAAAUUGUAUAUUUUUUA